CUCCCCUCGCCUUUAUUUCUUCAGGCCUCUACACAGAGCUGAGAUCAUUCUCGGCCAGACCUCUUCGGGGACAGUUUCUAUCCCUGGCGACCAUGAAGUCCUCUGCAGACAUGAUCCGGCUGAAAAAUCUGGAGACGGGAGAGAUAUCCGUGGAUCGGCUGGCACAAAACCAUUGCCUCCAGGAGGCAGCAUGCACCAGAGAUGCUUGCAAGGGUGCCCUGAUGUUCCAGCAUAUGGUAAAGACCACUUACUCGGCACGCCCUAAAGAGCAACUGAUACUUCAUGCUAAGGACUUUCUCAGUCAGUACUAUGGUUCUCUUAAGAGUGAAGAAGAAGCCAAGGCUCAGAAAUCGGUGAAGAAUGGACAUGGACUGCCAGCCAGCGUUAUGGCGAGGAUCACAGAAUCUUCGAAUCAGGCAAUGAACGCCAGGUGGGGAGAAGUCCUGAAGGAAAUCGAACAAACGGGCACCUACAACUUGACAACGAGUGAGUUGGCGUUCGGAGCUAAGUUGGCCUGGAGGAACGCUGCCAGAUGUAUAGGGCGAAUUCAAUGGUCGAAGCUCCACAUGUUUGACUGCCGCCAUGUUACCACCACCAGGGGCAUGUUUGAGGCUAUCUGUGAGCACAUCAAAUAUGCAACCAACAACGGCAACAUAAGGUCCGCCAUCACAGUUUUCCCGCAGAGGACAGACGGCAAGCAUGACUACAAAAUUUGGAAUCAGCAGCUGAUCGCCUACGCUGGCUACAAGAACGCUGACGGAACCAUCACCGGAGACCCUGCGUACGCUGAUUUUACCGAGAUCUGUAUCAAACUGGGGUGGAAGAGCAAGAGAACAAGCUGGGAUAUCCUACCUAUUGUGUUGUCUGCCAACGGGCAAGAUCCUGAUUUCUACGACUACCCUCCUGAGAUUAUCUUAGAAGUACCCUUCGUCCACCCUGAGUAUGAGUGGUUCGCGGAGCUGGGUCUACAGUGGUACACGGUACCGGCAGUCUCCAGUAUGAUGUUCGACUGUGGAGGUCUGCAGUUCACCGCUGCCCCCUUCAACGGCUGGUACAUGAGUACAGAGAUCGGAGCCCGGAACUUGUGUGACGCCACCAGAUACAACCUUCUUGAGACCAUCGCUAAGAAGAUGGGAUUGGAUACGAGGACGCCAGUGACGCUUUGGAAAGAUAAGGCCCUAAUAGAAGCCAAUCUUGCAGUCCUACACAGCUUCCAGUUGAAGAAUGUGACUAUUGUUGACCACCACACCGCGGCGGAGUCCUUCAUGAAGCACUACGACAAUGAGCAGCGACUACGCCGGGGCUGUCCCGCCGACUGGGCCUGGAUAGUGCCUCCGAUAUCCGGAUCCAUCACUCCGGUCUUCCACUUGGAGAUGGCUCACUACAAUCUCUAUCCCACGUACAUAUAUCAGGAGAAAGCAUGGACUGUGCAUGUGUGGAAUGAAGAAAAGAAUGGAUUCAAAAAUAAAAAGAAAGGCCAAAAUAUUAAGUUUACCCCAAUUGCAAGAGCUAUCAAAUUCACAUCAAAACUCUACGGAGGUGCCCUUUCAAAAAGGAUCAAGGCCACGAUCCUGUACGCAACAGAAACCGGCAAGUCCGAGCAGUUUGCCAAGAAACUCAAUGACAUCCUCAGUCACGCGUUUUACUCUCAGUGCCUGUGUAUGGAUGAGUAUGACAUGAACGAUAUUGAACAUGAGAGCCUGUUUUUUGUCGUUGCUUCUACAUUCGGCAAUGGCGAUUCUCCCGAGAACGGACAGUCAUUUGCACACAGCUUGUUCGCUCUAAAGGGAGAAAACAACGAAAUAAUCGUCAAAAAGCAGUUAAAUUCUGCCACCCUAAUCAGAGCGAACAGCCAAAGAAAGCAGAAGCAGGAACGUAGAACUUUUGUGACAGAGCUAAAUUCUAACUUGAACAAUAACAAUGGCCGUUUAGGAAAUGUCAGGUUCGCAGUAUUCGCUCUUGGAUCGAGCGCCUACCCCAACUACUGUGCUUUCGGAUCCUAUGUGGAUACUCUACUGGAGGAGCUGGGAGGGGAGCGAUUGCUGAAGAUGACAACCGGAGACGAGAUGUGUGGUCAACAGCAAGCCUUCAUCAAGUGGGCACCUGAGGUCUUCCGGGCUGCAUGUGAAAGGUUUUCGCUGGAAGAUUGUGGUGAUUUCAUUGAUUUGGCCAAGAGCCUGCAGAGUGCACCCAUCACCGCAUCCACUGUCCGACUUACAGAAUGUCCUGCGAUGAACCUGAAGGAAGCUUUGGGCAAGUACCACAACAGGAAGGUCUACCAGUGCACCGUCGCCUGCAACCGGAACCUGCACAGUGAUGACUCUCCCAUUGUGACCCUCGGAGUGGAGUUGGACACAGAAGAAGGUGUGGAAUACGAACCCGGGGACCACGUGGGGGUCCUGGCUUGUAAUAGGACUGAACUGGUAGAAGGAGUUCUGAAGCACUUGGAUCUUUCGGAAUUGAACCCUGAUCGUCCUGUUGAGCUACAGCUUCUCAAAGAAACUCAAGCUUCUUCGGGGGUGAUGACUGCGUGGGAAGCUCACGAGCGCCUACCCCGAGCCUCUCUCAGGGUGCUACUGACUCGGUUCCUGGACAUCACAACACCACCUACCCCCGACUUUCUGAAUUUCCUUGCUUCUUGCGCAACUGAUCCUAAGGACAAGGAAAAACUUGAGCUUCUAGUCGAGGAUCCGACUGCGUAUGAGGAAUGGAGGCACUGGAGCUUCCCGCACUUGCUGGAGGUACUGGAAGAGUUCCCGUCGGUGAAGCCACUCCCCGCCCUCCUGCUGGCACACCUCACCCCUCUCCAGCCUCGGUUCUACAGCAUCUCAUCCUCCCAGGCUCUGUGUCCUAAUCAGGUCCAUCUCACCGUCGGAGUUGUAUCUUACCGUACAGAAGGUGGAGAAGGGCCUGUUCAUUAUGGAGUGUGUUCAAAUUACCUUAAUGACGUCAAGAAGGACGACCAAGUAUACUUGUUCGUGCGCAGUGCUCCAAGCUUCCACCUGCCCGAUGACAUCUCUAAGCCUAUCAUUCUUGUGGGCCCUGGCACAGGCAUUGCACCUUUCAGAGGCUUCUGGCAACAUAGAUUUGCCCUUAAGAAGAACGAAGGUCUCUCAGACGUUGGGAAGAUGACGUUGUUCUUCGGAUGCAGACUGAGAUCCCUGGAUCUACACAAGGAAGAUAAGGAGAAGAUGGUAACCGAAGGAGUUCUUGAGAAGGUCUUCCUCGCGUUGUCCAGAGAACCGAGCAUCCCAAAGACAUACGUGCAAGACCUUAUGCGUGGAGAGGCAAAAUCUCUCUACAGGAAACUGGUUCUGGAGGGAGGUCAUUUCUACGUUUGUGGUGACGUCACCAUGGCAGAGCAUGUCCUGCAGACUCUGAAGGCCCUUCUGCAAGCUGAAAGCAAAAUGAGCACUGACGAAGUCGAGAAAUACAUGCUCACGCUCAGGGCUGAGAAUCGCUAUCAUGAGGACAUUUUUGGAGUCACUUUUCGGGUAUCAGACAUCCACAACAAGACUCGAGAGACUGUCAAGGUCAAGUUGGCUUCACAAUAGUACCACGCUUGACAUUUGAGAAGACUUCACUUUGAAUCCAGUAGUAGUAAUAGUUUUAUAUGUAGGCUACAUUGCCUGCUCAUAGUAGUCAUAUUCACAUAUUAUUACAUUCAUAAAAUGGAUUAAUAUUUAUUUUCAAUUAAGACUGAUUGUCAUUUGUGAUUGCUAUUUAAAAUACCAUCUGGUAUAUAUUCUUACAAUAUAUUUCGUUUAAAGAUUGAUAAUAUAUAUUACAGAAUAAUAAAUUCACAAUUGUUUUAGUAAUAAUAAAUAUAUAUUUUUAAAUAUA